UCGCAAAAGACUGGUGAAGCGUGUUAAAGAACUUACGAAAAAAGGUUCAAAAAAGUGCUCGCCUUAACGUAAACAAAUGUCACCGAGGCGGACAAGACGCGCGAUCGAUUGAAAGUUCAGUAGAGUCAAAACGCCAAACACAUCCGAAAAGACACACCGCGCACCGAACAUUGUUUUUCAAUACAUCAAAAAGACUAAAGGAAACUGAAGAGACUUACUGCUGGAGGAUUGCUUGGGCAGGGCAGGAUAGGUCAGCCAAUUCUGCCUAUCGUUCUUGCUGCUGUUAUUGUUGUUGUUGGUGUUGCAGGUGUGCGGGUCCCCGAAAGAGAAGACCCUUAGCACAAAGCGAAAAACGCGCGUCCUGCUGCAGUGGUGGGUCUCACCAUCAUCAUCAUCUGCGUGAUUAUCGCAUAUGACCACAGCACAGUGCAUGCUGCCCUAAGAGUGGUACGGCGGCACAAGGUGGCCAAGAUUCUGCUCUUGCCAACGUACCAACGCCAGAUUCUUUAUCCGUCUUUAUGUUCGCUCGCAGCUCGACCGACUGCAAAAACUGGUGGUAGAAAUCUACGCUCAAGGGACCCGUUUCACCUAUUGUCUUAUUGAACAUCACCCACUAUUCCUCACGCACAACAACAUUUAAUCAGUGCUGUAACACGAUGGCAACAGUCAACCUGAAUCCCCUGAAUGGUUGCUCGGUGUUAGGUACAGGUGAUCCUUCGGGGUCGGUAGGGCAGGGCAAGGACCAGUGGGUGAAAUUAAAUGUUGGAGGUACCUGUUUCCUCACGACCAAAACCACCCUAUCGCGCGAUCCCAACUCGUUCCUAUCACGGCUGAUUCAAGAGGACAGCGACCUCAUUUCUGAUCGGGACGAAACAGGUGCCUAUCUGAUCGAUCGUGAUCCACGCUACUUCGCACCGGUGCUCAACUACCUGCGCCACGGCAAGCUUGUGCUGGACGACGGUUUGUCGGAGGAGGGCGUACUGGAAGAGGCCGAAUUCUAUAACGUGACGCACCUGAUCGGAUUACUAAAGGAUAGCAUAGCGCGACGCGAGCAGCAGUGCCCAGCAGCGGACAAGAAACGCGUCUACCGGGUGCUGCAGUGCCAGGAGAACGAGCUAACACAAAUGGUUUCGACCAUGUCCGAUGGCUGGCGGUUCGAGCAGCUAAUCAACAUUGGUACCCAGUACAAUUACGGCGCAGAAGAAAAUGCCGAGUUUUUGUGCGUGGUAUCGAAAGAGUGCGCAAACACACUGCUUGGGCGCGAGGUCGAAUCUAACGACCGCGCUAAGGUGCUACAGCAAAAAGGGUCGCGAAUGUAAGCCCUUGUUCGUCGCACAAAGUACAUCAUGCUUGCCGAGUAGGAUGCAAAGGACAAGGAAACAGAGGAAUAGUUGGCCUUCCGAAGGACACGGUGUAGUAGAGGGCAAUCAUGAGAAUUCAAUUAUUAACAGAACAUCUACUCACCUAUAACAUCAUAAUAUACGCACAAAGCCAGUAGUAAGGAGAACUAUAGUACCAUAAGUAAAUGGUGCAGCAAGCGUUAGUAUUAUACAACAAACUGAUCGAAAAACAAGCCCUGUAGUAAAACAAAAUAUAAAAACGUAGUUCAAGGCAGGAACUACUCCUUAUUGGCAAUCAGUUAACAAAAGUUGGGUCAUGUUAAAAGUUUUCAUGACAUCUUUUCGUUCUGUUUUUACCAAUGCUCACAGCUCGUCUUUCUAGUGUUGAUUGUCAAGCAACGGUGACGCUGGGCGACGCUCAAGUAAGAUCACGAGGAUCUCGAUGUAGCCUUACGGCGAAGUUCGCGAGUGAACUGAGAGUUUGACCAAAACAGCGCCUCUGGCACGUUACGAAUCAACAAACCAAUAUAUCAAUACCAGCUAAGGCAGCUGCGCUCGCACGAGCUCUAUUAGUUGCAGCAGUUGUGAUAUGAGAAAAGACAGGACCUCACAGUAGCACUCUGAUGGAUGUAUAGCAAUCAGGACUGUGGAAAGAAAGCAGGAAGACUUGAAUUGUAACUAUCUAAAACGUAACGCAAACAAAACUCCUUAACGCGUAUUUGCAUAGUAUCUUUGCACAAACACAUUGAUGGUACAGAGUGGUACAGGACGCUAAGCAUGCAAUUAUAGAGGGAGUCUUGCAUGCUACGAUCACCAACAUUCUCAUGAAAAGAGUAGAAUGUGGACUCUGUGCGGCUCGCUUUUCAUGAGGUACUUGCUCGUUGUCUCCGUUAAAGGAUGACCUAUGACAACCAACGAUGUUCACGGAGUACGACUCUUCGACCCAAGAAAACAUAUACGCACAAUUUACAAAAAAAAAAUCAAAGCAAUACCCUUGCCGAUCGCAUUGCCCAUCACCUUCUUUAUCGUAAUACAGUACAUGUUAUUUUCAUUUAUUUUUCCAUCCAUCCAUCCAUCCAUUUCCAUCAUUUAUGUUCAUCUCCAUUACGUGGUUAGCGAUGUGCCCCGUUGCUGUAUGGUGAACGUCGCAUUGCUUAAGUAAGGUACUGAUGGUGUCCCUAAAACUCUUGAGGAUCCUGAUUGGAACGCACAACGAUAGACACGCGCGCGUGCAAUAACCAGCAGAGCGACAGCAUUGAUUGUAAAAAGUAAUGAGUUUCUCGUUCCAGCGUUUUUCGUAGUCUGUUAGAGCUGCGCCGGCAACGCGCGGCCGUGGAAAAGUGAGAAAGAGAGGUAGAGAGAAAGUGUUUAACUAAACGUUUGAUUAGAGACUAUAUGGGCACCUACUUAUUAUGAGGGGGCGUUUUGCGGGAAGUGCAGUGCUUCCCGCUGCUUCCGUGGGCCGAAACCACGGGUAAUUGUAUAGGAUGCAUGGUGCCGAUUAUGAUCGCCGCCCUGUUAGAACGGGUCGUUACCAGUUAGGUUACUUCAGGAGCGAAGAUCGAUCGAAUAACGGUAUCCCUUCGAAGAUGUAAUUGUAUUUCGAAAUCAAUGAAGAUCCAUUCACGAACGCACACACGAAAAGAAACUAUAAAUGGCUCCAACCGUGGUAGGAACUAUAGUGAAUUUAUAAGUUUUUAUCUCUAUUUUUACCAAACAAACAACCAUAAAUGAGAUACCUGUUCGUACGCGAGGUGUGUAAGAU